UACACACACCUUAUCUACAACACUGGACUCUGUAAAGAUGGCUUCAGCUUCUUCCUUAUCAUUUCUCCCCGGCGCUUCUCUGUCCUACUCUCAACACCCCCCAUUUCUCCGGCCAAAGCUUCCAUCUUUGCCAUCAGCUCCGAAGCCACACUAUCAGUCACUAGUUGUUGAGGCCAAGGCAAGAACCAGGCAAGACAAUCGUGUUGCUCGUCACGUUCGUAUCCGCAAGAAGGUUGAAGGGACCACGGAAAGACCAAGAUUGAGUGUCUUCCGCUCCAACAAGCAUUUAUAUGUGCAAGUGAUCGACGACACAAAGAUGCAUACUCUUGCGUCAGCUUCAACAAUGCAGAAACCUAUCUCAGAGGAGUUUGACUUCAGCGCUGGUCCCACUAUUGAUGUAGCAAAGAAAGUAGGUGAAGUGAUAGCAAAGUCCUGCAUUGACAAAGGUAUCACCAAAGUGGCCUUUGAUCGAGGUGGAUACCCUUACCAUGGACGCAUUGAAGCCCUUGCUAAUGCUGCUAGGGAGCACGGCCUUCAAUUUUAGAACUUGAGUGGUUAAUUUAAUUUUUCUGUGGAUUUUUCCUUUUUUCCCUUUUAUGAAAAAAAUUGUAUGUAGAAAGAAGCAUGGAAGGAUGAAGGGUCCCCUCAUCAGCUAAUUGUAACAAUGGAGAGUGCUUUUGUCCACUGUAAACUGGUUGUUCAAAUUAGAGGAAAAAACUUUGUUUUAGCUGCA